AAUUCACCACCAAGUACCCACCUCUCUCUCUCACUCUCUCUCUCUCUCUCUCUCUCUCUCUCUCUCUCAAGCUCACUCUAUACAUUAUAGAUAUAUAUCCAUCAAUACGUAACAACCACCAAAGAUUACAAUUCACAGCCUUCCAUUUUCCCUUUGUUGUUGUGAACAUAAAGAUUUUGGAGAAUAGAUAUCAAUCUGUGUCAUUUUCUUCUGUUUGGUACGAAAAUAUAAAGAUGGAGAUCAAAGUCAAACCAAAAGCCGUAGAAUCUACGACGAUGAUGGCAACUAAAGAGGAGGAUGAAAUUAAGAAGAAGAUGAAAGAUUGUGUGGUGAUUGGUCAAGAGGCAGAUGAGGAGGUUAGUAAAGGACAAGGUGAAACAAGACAAGUUGAUUCUAAGCUGGAAACUGACAAAAACUUUUCGAGUCAGAAGACCAAAAAGGAAGAGGAGAACAAGAAAGAGGAAAAUAAUAAUUAUAUUUCUAACAUGAAGCAUAAGAAGACGAGUUCACACGUAUGGGACUGUGGGAGCACUCUCUACGACUCGUUCGAGCUCAACUCGUUCAAACGUCAACUUGACUCAGCCAUCUCAACUUCCUCCGCGAGAACGAUGUCCAUGUCUCGCCUCCCAGACCGCCGUCUCCCUCCCCUCAGCUCACUCUCACCGGAGAAUCCUCCUCGUCUUCCUCCACUGCCGACAACUUCUUCUUCCUCCUCCUCCGGCGGCAAGAAACACUCGAACAAGAUCUCUCGUUCUCUUCAGAGAUUCUUGAAGAAACUACGUGACCGGUUUGUGUUAAAGUUGAAAAAUAUGUGA